GCUUAUUGCCAACAAGCUGCAAGCUUUGUAACUACUGGGGUUUUGAAAAUCUGGUCAAAUCCAUCACUCUCUUAUUUUCUUGAGCAGCUAUCAUGUUCUAAAACUAAUAAUAAUCUUUCCAACACAAAUUGGUAAAUCAUGUUCAGGGUGGCGCUUGGCUUCUUUUCUGAACUAGUCUGCCAAGGAACAGACUGUCUCAGAGCUUUGAUUUCCAUUUGUGCAGAAAAUACCAGAACUUGUCACACACAUAGAAAGAACAAAGAAGCCUAUGAUCAGCUGUCAUUUAGUUUGGAAGGGGACAAGACCAGAAUAAUCUGGCUUUCCUAUUUUUUAUGAUUAUAUCAGAAUCAUAAUAAAGCUUGAUUUUCUUUUUAAGACUCAUCAUCUGAUUUCUCUUUGCCUUUGCAAUAUUAUUUGCAAACAGGUGAACCAGGAGUUCAAAUCUAUAAGACAUCCUGCCAAUCUAAACACAGCUGACCUUGACUUAACAAUGAGGUUCUUUACUUUGGGUCAAAACUUGACAUCCCUCAGCUCAUUUUUUGAAGUUAAUCAAUAUCAAACCAUGCUAUCCCUUUAUACUGAGGUCCUUCAACCAUAAUGGUCUGCAUGGUUAAUGAUUGGACAGAGGUUCAUUUUGGUACACAGUGGUCAGACAUUAUUAUGAACUCAGAUAAAUAGCACGUUGUGUAAAUCAAAUAAAGAUAAGGGUUUGACUCCACAUAGCACUCAAAGCUUCCCUAGAUCCAUCACCUGAUGCAAUUUACAUAACCGCACUGAUCAACCCGCCUAUGGCUCUUUGUAUAAAUUCACCAGUCCAUGCUCUCAUGGCUUUGCACUGCACACUGCUUCCUACUGUCUUGACACCGCAGCACAGGAACAGUCGACCACAUCCAAUUGGAACCAUGCAGUCUGCCGAGUCCAAAUUCAACAAAAACAGCCUGCUCUUGGCUCUGAGGCGAUACAGCACAGUUGUCAGUGAUAUGGAGAAGACAAUUCUCCUGCCAAGCCUGCUGAGAGACGUGCCCACUGAUGAGGUGUGGGACUGUGAAGCAGCAGAGGAAUCCUGCAGCGACCUGUACAGCAACUACCUGAUGCUCAAGGCCAUAAGAAACACAGUGGAGUGCGGCCUGGUUCACCUGGAUGACCACAAGGCCAAGAACAACACGCUCAACAAGACUCUGGAGCCUCUCUUGGACACAGAUCCAGAAGUCCUCUUCCGCUUCCACCUGAACGGACUGUUUUCUGUGAUGAGCGACCUCACCAAGAAGUCUCAGAGCCUUACUGAGAAGUAUAUGGACAUCAUCGGAGUGGCAAAUUAGAAAAAAUGCUGUCAUCAAACAAAACAUCUGGUGUUUGUAAAG